ACAAAAGACGCUUUGGUGUUUUGGCCCAUAUCGUGUGCCGUAAUUUGACCGUAAAACAUUGCUAUCUGUCGCAACCUUUAGACCAUCAGCAGAGGUCACAACAAACCAGUCAGUAUGGGAGGUGACCACGGCCACAGCAAGCUGCCCAUGCCAGACUGGCGGCAGUGGAAGAUGGAAGGAACACCCCUGGAGUUCACACAGCAGAGGCUGGCAGCCAGGGGUCUCAAGGACCCAUGGGCACGUAACGAGGCAUGGAGAUACUCAGGCGGCUUCGCUCGUGCUGUGACUCUGUCAGAUGUGCUGCUGAGAGGGUUCAAGUGGGGCUUUGCUGCCUUUACUGUUGCUCUGGCUGUAGAGUACGCCCUGUUCCCACCAAAGAAGGGCGGCCACUAAUGCUCGUCACUGUCCCAACAAGACCAUAAUGGAGUAUAAUAAUAUUAUGUAUUUUCUGUUUAUUAAAUGUCUUUUUGAUCACCAAA